CGUGGUUCCGACAAAUAAAGAUAUCCCGGAAACGGACCGCGUGAGAUUUACGUCGACGGGUGAUGCCGUGUACAUGUAUCCAGCUAUGCUCGAAAGCUCCUGUCCCCUCGAAGUUGACUACUUUCCGUUUGAUAAGCACACAUGCGAGCUUCGAUUCCUUUCCUGGUCGCACAGCGGUGCGGAGAUAGAUCUCUUUCCGGCGGCAAACGACCUCGAUCUGUCCUCGUUCGUCGACCACGAGGAAUGGGUCAUUACGAAAUCGAAGAUGGUGCGAAAGAGCAUCAAGUACUCGUGCUGCGAGCAGAACUACGCGCACGUAUACGUGUACGUGACCAUCCGACGAAAGCCUCUGUUCUACGUGUUCUAUUUGAUCGCUCCGAGUGCCAUCAUCACGCUGGUGGCCCUAAUCGGAUUCUUCAGUCCGCAGAACGACCGCUUUGAGCGCGAGGAGUGCGUCACUUUAGGCAUGACGACGCUGCUGUCAAUGACCGUACUGAUGAUGAUGGUUGCCGAUGGAAUGCCGAAGACAUCGGACACGGUGCCGCUCAUAGUGAAGUAUUACGGAGGACUGAUGGUAACUAUUUCAACCGCCACAAUACUGACAGUCGUAAACGUCUGCGUGGCUGCCAAGGCUAAUUCUGAAGUGGCUAUUUCACCCAGAAUUCGGAAAAUCUUCUUUAGCCACGUGGCUAAAUUUCUGCUCGUCUAUAUUCCACGUGACAAGGAACAAUCAGCAAACGAAGAUGUGAUGUCGAGGAAUACGGUCGGUUUGAUUCGCUCAGCGACCGCGUCUACUGAGAGAGGGGCGUGUGUAUCACGGAAGAUGUCUGGACAGUCUACGAGUUCAUACUAUUGUGAACAGGCAGAUACACAGGCGAGAAAUCGGACAGAUGCCACCCCCAUAGCAAUCGCGUCUACUGCAAGAGAUCUAGAUGAAAACCGAAGAAUAAAAGAGAAAAUCGACGCCCUUGUAGAAGUAACCGCCUUUAUAUGUUCCCAUGAAAAGCGCCUAGUCGCGAAUAGCAUACAAAAGGACUGGAAAACUUUGGCUAACAUUCUAGAUAGACUAUUCUUACUACUAACUAUUUUGUCAGCCAUUACUUUUUCUAUCUACAUGUUUACGAGCAUACCAUCUCCCGAAAAAAUGUAAUUUCUGAAGCCUA